CACUUUUGUGAUCUAUCAUACUCGUCAAGGAACUGGUUGAAACUUGCUUGUUAAUCACCGGACCAAUCGCAGACCAGAUGAAUAUCUCCUCCGCUCACGCUGAUCCUAUGCGUAUCUACCGUGCGAAGCGGGACAGCGCGAAACCUCGCGUCACUAAAAACUACAACAUCCUCGGCUUCAUCUCUUCUGGCACCUACGGCCGCGUGUACAAGGCUCAGAGCCGGGAACCCGACGCGCGGAUACACGCCAUCAAAAAGUUUAAGCCUGACAAGGAGGGCGACGUGACCACAUACACAGGCAUCAGCCAGAGUGCCAUCCGCGAGAUCGCCCUCAACCGGGAGAUCUCUCAUGAAAACGUGGUUGCCCUCAAGGAGGUCAUCCUUGAGGACAAGUCGAUCUAUAUGGUCUUUGACUAUGCAGAACAUGACUUCCUGCAGCUGAUACACCAUCACUCGCAGACGCUACGAACUAGUAUAUCGUUCCCAGUGUUGAAGAGCCUCACGUUCCAGCUCCUGAAUGGCCUCCUCUAUCUGCACUCGUGCCACAUCAUCCACCGUGACCUCAAGCCCGCCAACAUCCUUAUCACCGCCGACGGUGUCGUCAAGAUUGGUGAUCUCGGCUUGGCACGCCUAACGUAUUCGCCGUUGCAAGCGCUGUACACCGGCGACAAGGUUGUCGUGACAAUAUGGUACCGCGCCCCGGAGCUACUACUUGGCGCGAAACACUACAACAAGGCCAUCGACAUCUGGGCUGUUGGGUGCGUUGUUGCGGAACUAGCAAGCCUAAGACCGAUAUUCAAGGGCGAAGAGGCGAAGCUGGACUCGAAGAAAAAUGUACCGUUCCAGAAAGACCAGAUGCUCAAAAUUUUCGAGAUCUUGGGAACACCAGACGAGCGCGAUUGGCCUGGCGUGAAGGACAUGCCAGAAUACCCGAAUAUGAAACGCCUUGAUCCAUACACUAACCGACUUCGCGAUUGGUGUUCGAAUCGGAUGAAAUCCCAGCUGGGCUAUGAAUUCUUGAAGCAAACCUUUGUCUAUGAUCCGGACAAGAGGCUUACAGCACACGCCGCCCUCAAGCACAAAUGGUUCCAAGAGGACCCUAUUCCUACUCAAAACGCCUUCGAAUCACUCCAGGCUCAUCAGCAUCCGCCGCCGAGGCGCAUCACGUAUGACGACGCACCUAGCAUGAUGCCACUCCCCACACAAGCACAAGCGACACAAAACGUUGCUCAAGCACAGGCCACGCAGGUGCAUGCGCUUAGCAUGAGCCAUAGCAUGUCCGCGAAGAGCAUGUCCGGGAGAGGCAGUGCCGGGAGUGUGGGCACGGGCGUAGGGACGGGCGGGGCAAUAGGGAACGGUACCGCCGGGGGCGGGCGAGCACGGAAGAAGGCCAGGGUUGGGUGACCCCAGCAUGUGCAGUCGUCGUUGUGGCAGUAUUGUUGCGACCUCCCCUUUUGAUAUUAAAUUGGAUUCCGGUCGUUCUUCCGGC